AUGCAACCCCCUGAUGAGGAUCUACCUGUGAUCCAGGUGUCUUUGGGAGAAUUUGUUUUGGCUGCUGAACAAAUGUUCACUGUGCCAGACCAACUAGAGGCUUUUCUUCGCUUCGUCCUUGCUGGACGUCUACAAUACCACGAUGAGCAUGCUCGUAUAUCUAUAAAUGCUAGACAAGGAGCUCUUGCACCUCACAUUUCCAAAUACCAACUGUACAGAGACAUUGACUCUGUUAUAGGCAUCACAAAGGAUUUACCAUUCCAAUUGCAUAUGGCCAUCUUUCCCUUGGCAUCGUUCCGUGAUAGCCUUACUGAAGACAAUCAUUUAAAAUGCCCUCUAUCUUCUCCCAAGGGUGUCAUAGGCAUUCCACUUUACAGAAUUCCCAACAUGGCCCUGGGGAAAGUUGAUCGACGUCAUAUUACCCGCAUCUUUUUUCCUAGAUUGUAUCACCAAGGCCAAAAUCCUGCUAUUCCUCCAGAGACAAUGACCCUAAUCUAUGAAGAAUGCCUUCGGCCUGCAGUUAUCAGUCUUAAUCCUGUUGAUCAGAGCCGAUGGCCUAUCACGUAUUCAGCAGCCAUGACUUUAUAUCGUGAUCACAAGGGACGAUUUCACUUUGGCACAAUCGAUUUUCCUUCUCAUCUCCUGGACCAGUUGGGAAGCAAACUUCUGGAAUUGUUUCAGAUACAAGAUGGGCUUCAGGAUGCAUUUUUUGUUCAUGAGCUUCGAGGAACAAAAGGGGCAUCUCACCAUAAUCUCCAUGAUGCAGAAAAGAGACGUGCAGCUUUCAAUGCUGUAUUUCAUCUCUUUGACAUGUCAAUCAUCAGGCCAGAGGACUGGGUGGUUGAUAUUGGGCUGGAAAUCCAACACCAAGGUUGCAUAUUGCAGUGGCUUACCAAAGGACAUCGACAGUUUUUUAAUCAAGUUCAAUACCGAGUUAUCAGCGAAGCUGAUUGGAACAACCUGGUAUUCCAACGCUACUUUCCAGCCAAAGGAACCACUGCAGUUAAAGCACUUCAACAUUUCCCAUCUGCCUCCUAUUAUCGGCAAUGGCAAGCUCUUAUGGCUCGGCUUGAUGAAGAUAAAGCAACGAUGGUUCAAAACAAUCAGCUGAUGCAAUGGUUUAACAAACUCUACUGGGUGCCUCAUCCUGAAAGCGAUCGUAUGUGGUCAACGAAAACAGGCGGCAAGGAGUGGAUACCAUUGCCUUUUGGAGAAUGUGGGAAUUGCCCACGUAUAGCAGUCAAUCCAAGAUUUCAUGGUAAAGAUGCACCACGCCUAGAUGAAGAAACCUCUUGA